AAAACGUCAAAUUCGUUGAUGGAUGAAGUUCAGAAGUAAACAUUCUCAGUUUGUUAUUGUUUAUAGUCCGAAGACGAAAUCAACCAAUCUUAUUUCGAGACAAUGGAACUAACCGAAUGUGAACCGAUUGAUGUUACGGGCCUAGAUAAAUGUGCAACAGUUUAUCGAAAGGAUCCAGUUUCAUUUGUUUAUGUUUGUUAUCAUUGUAGUGGUUGUUUCCUUAACAUUGAACGUACACUGGAGCACAUAGAAUCGCAUUUUCAACUGGUUCAAGUCACGGUAGAAGAAAUUUUUUUGAAAUCCGAUAGAAUUGACUCGAAAAAUCCAAGUAUCGACACAGACAACGACAGCUCUACCGAUGCUAGUCCUGGUAUUAAAACGGAUGCAAUGGAAGUAGAAGAAGUUUGCGACAGUGAUUCGCUAGAGAAGUCCGGUCAUUUCCACUGUCAGUGCUGUAAACUAGAAUUCAAAACAAAAUUUGCCCUUCAAAGUCACAUGCUGAGAGACCACAAUCAAGAAGAGGCGCUAGAAUGCGAUAAAUGUGGAAAAAAGUUCAAACGCGACAGCCGUUUCGAAAAACAUUUGAUCCAACACAUUGAUAAGGGUGAAGUCGAUUGGGAAUGUACGGGGGAUGGCAUUCGACAGCCGAUUCCAACGACUAAUAAUAGUUCGGAACAACUGGCGAAUUCAAGUUCAUCAGAACGAUCAGAACAGAUGGAAACAGUAAAGGAACGCAGAUUGCCGAAGAAGAAAAACAAAACGUCGCAGGUCAGAAGCAGACAAAAGACACGACAACUGAGUACAUACAUGUGUCACAAAUGUUCGCACCCGUGUAGCACAUUAAAUGACCUGAACGAUCACUUAAGCACUCAUUCGACGGAUGAAAUCUUGGAGAUAAACAAAUGCAAGGAAUGUAAGCGAUACUUUGAAUCAACUUUCGAACUUCGCCUUCAUGUGCUGGACGUGCAUCUGUUCGUAAAGCAAUUCAAGUGUUCCGCAUGUGAGGUUAGUUUUAGGAAGGAAGAGCAAUCGCUACUCGGACAGCAUUUAGAAUUGCACUUGGCGGACAGUUCUGCAAAUUGGACGAAUAUCGUGGAGGGCAUUUGUAUAGCAGGAAAGGAUGUGGCGAAUUACGAGGACAUUUUUACGAGCAAUGAAUCGUCGUGUGAACUUUGUGCGGAAAAGUUUUACAUAAAAUCCAAUUUUGAUGAACAUGUUCGAUGCAUGCAUUCAGAGAACGAACAUGAGCUACGUUGUCCGCAAUGUGACACAAUUUUUGGCAAAUUGCAGUAUUAUUUCGCUCAUCAACUGGAGCAUCGACGGGUUGGUGCGACAGUAAUAGAGACCGACAUGAACCUACUAGUCACCAACCUGAAUUCAUACAUUGAAGAGCAAUUCGUCUACGAUGAAAAGGAGAAUCAAUCCAAUCCAUACAGAUGUUCGAUUUGCCAGACCGAUCGGAAUAGUUUGUUUGAGAUUCGUCGACAUGUACGAGAACGGCAUGUCUACAAAACAUUACCGCAACCAAUCAAGCCGAAUCUACAAGAGAAAUUCACUUGCAACAUAUGUGGCAUGGUCAUCAAACGAAAUAGUUUCCGGACCCAUUUGAUGACCCACACAGACAUAAAAUUGCACGAAUGUUCAACCUGCGGAAAAACAUUCCGGAAUAGCUUUUCGAAAAUGACUCACGAACGGCUGCAUACUGGUGAGAAACCAUUCCAAUGCGAUCAAUGUGGAAAAAGAUUCUUCAGUAACUCGUUGCUGGGAGCGCAUAAAAAAUCUCACGACAGCACAACGUAUCCAUGCAAAAUUUGCGGUCGAGUGUUCAACGUACCAUCCGGAUAUCGUCGUCAUGUCCAAACCCAUAGACAGGACAAAUCUUACGAAUGCAACGUUUGCUUUAAGUCGUUCAACACUCGUGUCUACUUGUCAAGACACAUGUUCAAGCAUAGCGAAAAGAAUUACCAGUGCUCGUUUUGCGACAAUAAAUUCAAUACGGCCAAUGGGCUGAAGCAACACGAAAAGAGUAAACAUAAUUAUGAGGCUCCGUAAAUUUAAAGGAAUAAAAUUCUAUCAGAGUUAGA